GAGGGAGGGCUGUCUGCGGGCCAAAGUGAGUGUGUGUGAGGGGGAAUGACAGACAAGACACUCGGGGCCUAGUCGCCACAUCGAUUCAUGCGAGGAAGCUGCGUCGCUAACCAGCCGUUUUUGGUUGCCCCCAAAACAGCUCCGGCCCGGGCCGCAGUCCGCGGUCUUGAGUUUGACAGCGGGCUGCAGACUGCGUGCAAAGGCCAGUUGGUCCCGGGCCCCUGCAGACAGCAGCACCAUGGGAGACAGCAGAGAUUCACGAAGUCCGGACAGUUCGUCCGUGUCCUCCCCGCCGUCAGGUCAGCGCUCGCCUCCACUGGCACCAUCAGCAGCGGCCUCCAUGACUUCCCUUCCUCCCAUCACCAGCGCCGGUGUCAACAGCCCCAUCAGUAGCAUCGGCUCCCCCUUUUCGGUCAUCAGCUCCUCCCUGGGCUCCCCCUGCCUGCCCGGCACACCAUCGGUCGGCUAUGGUCCCAUCAGCAGUCCGCAAAUAAACUCGACAGUGUCCAUGUCGGGACUUCACGCCGUGAGCAGCUCGGAUGACGUCAAACCUCCGCUGGGGUUGAAGCAGCUGUCGUCACACAGCCCGGGCCCGAUGCUUUCCCAGAAACGUCUUUGCUCCAUCUGUGGAGACCGAUCCUCUGGAAAGCACUACGGUGUGUACAGCUGCGAGGGCUGCAAAGGUUUCUUCAAGCGGACAGUGCGCAAAGACCUGACCUACACCUGCCGGGACAAUAAAGACUGCAUGGUGGAUAAACGACAGAGGAACCGCUGCCAGUACUGCCGCUACCAGAAGUGCCUGGCCAUGGGCAUGAAGAGAGAAGUGGCUAAGAUGAACGACAGAUCGGUUCAAGAGGAGCGCCAGAGGAACAAGGAGCGAGAAGGUGAGGUGGAGUCCACCAGCGGCAUCAACGAGGAGAUGCCGGUGGAAAAGAUUUUGGAGGCCGAGAUGGCCGUAGAGCAGAAGACGGAGCUUCACGCCGACGGAAGCUCUGGAGGAAGCUCUCCCAACGACCCUGUUACAAACAUCUGUCAGGCUGCAGACAAGCAGCUCUUUACCCUGGUGGAGUGGGCCAAGAGGAUCCCGCACUUCUCUGAGCUGGCCCUUGACGACCAGGUUAUCUUGCUACGGGCAGGUUGGAACGAGCUCCUGAUCGCGUCCUUCUCUCAUCGCUCCAUCUCAGUCAAGGACGGGAUCUUACUGGCCACGGGGCUCCACGUGCACAGAAACAGUGCUCACAGCGCCGGAGUGGGAGCCAUCUUUGACAGGGCGCACAAUGCUGAGGUUGGGGCCAUAUUUGACAGGGUUCUGACUGAGCUGGUGAGCAAGAUGAGAGACAUGCAGAUGGACAAGACUGAGCUGGGCUGCCUUCGAGCCAUCAUCCUCUUCAAUCCAGAUGCCAAGGGUUUGUCCAACCCCAGUGAGGUAGAGUUGCUGAGAGAAAGGGUGUAUGCAUCGCUUGAGACCUACUGCAAGCAGAAGUAUCCGGACCAGCAGGGCAGGUUUGCCAAGCUCCUCCUCCGACUGCCGGCCCUGCGCUCCAUCGGCUUGAAGUGCCUGGAGCACCUGUUCUUCUUUAAGCUGAUUGGCGACACGCCCAUCGACACCUUCCUGAUGGAGAUGCUGGAGGCACCUCACCAGCUCACCUAGACCAGCCAGGUUGCGGUCAGGAUCCUGUUGCACGCCAGGAUUAGCCACACGCCGCCUCCAUUUAGGCUUGUUGGGCUUCACUUACCGCAACACCCGCUGGUCUUAAAGUGCCAGCUCACAAAACACACUUGAAGACGUGCACAAAUUGGCUCAUUUUCCUCACCCACUCUCUUACACGCAGAUCUAACUUGCAGAGGCAACACAAUUUAACAUGACGCUAUUAUCACAAUCAUUCGUGUACUCAGUGUUUCAACAGUUCUCAUCUUCAUAUACUCUGCACAUGCAUCUGCAUAUAUAUUUAUAAAUGAGUGUGUAUAUGCGCAUGGAUGAGUCGUAAACAUUAUAACCAUAAGUCAGCCUUCAUCUCAGGAGUGACUUUUUAAUGCUUAUUUGUUACUCUCACACUAAACUGUUUGGACCUGUUUCUGCCAGCGCCUCUGUAUCUUAGAUCCGCGUUCAUUGACGCGUUUAGCUUCCCAUCAGGCGUGUCGCAUUUCAAUCAACAAUGUGCCGUCAAACCAGCACCUCCCACAAUUGUCACCAGUUCCAAUCCAAUCCCAAAAUGUAUUGUAUACUCUUUAUUUUGAUUAUAAUGCUGCAACUUUUUUUUUCCAGUUUCUAUCUUGAAGUACUGUACUCAUGAAAUGAGAGCUUUUUUCCAAGGCCUGGGAGCACUUUGAAUGGCGAACGUAGUCCUUCCCCAUCCUCCCGAUGCACAGUGGGCUUUGUACGGCAAAAAGAAUGACUUGAAUUUUUGUUUUGUUUUCUUUCGAUUUGAGCCUAUAUCUCUACGGUGGCAGUUUGGUUGGCGGCAGUUUGAACCGCUUGAGGAAAUCGCAUCAUUUGCUUUCUCCCUUUUGUCGCCCAGAAAUUGCCGGUGCUUUGCCGGUGGUCAUAUGUGCACUUUGGUGAGUUGUAAAUGUUCCCUCUGAAUGGCCAGGUACUACCUGUAGGCUUUCUCGUGGUUGCUUCAAUAAUUGUACACCGCGCUAAAUUGGCCGACACUGACCACGUUGUUUUGGGUCGCAGGGAAAUGAGCUUGGCGUACUUAAUCAACUGGCGGUAGGACGACAGCAUCCCGGUGUAGGAUUUUUAUAUGAGGCACACCGGUUGUUUCUCUGCUUUGUCAGCAGAGUAUGUAAAGUUAAAAAGACAUUUACAUUAUUCCCACCUGGCACGUAAUACAAGAAGACAUAUGCAACAAGUGUUUGCAUCCCAAAGUUUCGGACAUGAAUAGGCCUGUCAUUAUAAUACAUUUUGCUGGACGUUAAUUAUUGCUGAGAAACCAUACUAUUAUCCACAUCAUUUUUUUCAUUAAUGUCAUAAUAUAUGGCAUGUUAAUGCGAGUACAGGAUAGCAAUAAAGACUAUUUAAUGGAGAAUCAUUAAAGACUUAAAGAUUAAAGAUUCAUGAUGCUGAUAACUUUUUUAUAUCAACUUUUUAAAUUUAGUUUGGCAGACUAAUUUGUGCACACCUUGAGGUAAUACGGACUGGAACAAAUUUGUAUUUGACUAAUUCUACAUGUUCAUUUGUCCUAAUCAAAUAUCAUGCCAUCACUGCUAUCAGGGGAACCAGAGUAUAGAGCGGAGGGAGCCACCUGCUGCGGCCCAGCAAAGUGCACUAUUUUCAGACACAUGCGCCGAGCAGCUGGUCUGCCGCUAGGGAGAUCAGGAGAACCGUAGUAUGCCGCAGAUAGAGUAACCUGCCGCGGCCAACCGAGGUGUACUGUAUUCAGACACACGUUCCGAGCUGACUGAGCUCUCUGGCGAACCUUUUUCACUUUCAUAUGCCUUGGCACUCGCGUUUCAGGUGGCCGAUACGGUUUUUGUGAGCUUGUUUUUUUCCCCUCUGAAUAUUUCUUUUACCAGUGACCUCAGGGGAAGUUACGAUAGGCCGUUAACAUCAAAAAAGAAAAAAAAGGUGAGCUUAAUUUGCUCACCCACACAGUAAUCUUGCCUCUUUGGAGCAUUUUUUAAAAUGGUUUAUUAUCUAGCUAUUUUUAAUGUUAUCAGAUUUAUUGGUUUGACAUAAUUCCCCACAUGUACCUAAUUAUCGUGCACCUUUAUUGAUUAUGGUGACAGGCCUAGAUGUGAAUUAGCACAUGUAAAUACUAGGAAACAUCGUCUCAUCACGUGGGUCCAAACAAACGCGUGUUCAAAAUUCAAAUUUGAUUUCCGACUGUGGCCAAACUCUGCAGCCUUUGCACCCAUGUUCUUGAUUGGAUGUCAUCAACAACGGCACUUGAUACUGUGACUUAACUCGCACGGUCACCACGCUUAAGCUAUGAUCCCAACCAGUGCUCGGCACAUACUGGUAUGGAUUUGUUGUUAGCGUGUUUUGUUUUUUUUUUCUUAGUAGUCGAGUAUUUUAGCAGUUUCCACUGUGAAUAGAAUCGAGCAUCGUGGUGUCAUUCAACAGGGAAGAGGUGCAGACGUCCUCUACCAGGUGCUAAAUAUCCAACAGUCUUUAUUCAUUUGAGACCUGCACAUUCACAUCGAUGCAAUGCACAGUAUGCAAGAGAAAAUCAAAUCAUGUUCCACUGCAAAUUAGUUUCCUUAUGCGCCCACCCCCCGACCCCAAGACUUCCCACAGCGAUUGUGUGUGCAGCCAGUGGAAGUAGAUGUGAAGAGCUUCCUGCCCUUCAGAUAGUCCUCUGAAAGAGGAUCCUCGCCCCUCUAACUUUUUUCUUGCUUGUGUGACUUGGCGGACCUGUGAGACAGGUGCUUGUUUUUGUAAAGGCUUUGGAUUUUUCUUCACUUGUGCACGCCUUGGUAGGAAUGAUGGCGUUGUGGCGAGGACAGUUUAGAGGAUUUUAGGAGCCCUCAGCCGAGCUUCCAGGAGAUGAGCAACUGCGCAUGUUUGUAUGAACAAUCUCAUUUUUGACUUGAUUGACGGCUCUACUGUGCUUCCCUCCAGAAGCUUCCCCUGCCUGCAGUCAAAAUCGUGUUUCUGUCCGGCGAUGGCCGUGAUCACAUACACAGACUUGUUGACCUGGACGCAAAAGCCAAAUUUUCCUGAUGGUGACCUGUCAAGAUAUGCAAGGUAGAACAUUUCACUGCAGCUUGCGACACGUAAGGCGCCAUUUGACUGGUCUGUUACAGAAGCGUGCCCCAUAGCUGCAGGCAACGGCGACGCAAUGACCUUCUGUUGGAGGACACGAGAGAUGAGAUGUUUCAUUUCUUCCAGAAAGCGUCGCAGGUUGGCCACAGCUGUGUAGUUUUACGCACGAUGUGAGGAAGCGUGGGAAGAACGAGCGCCAGGCUGGAGGCGACAGUCGGCGCUUUAUAAUUAGGGCUGUCAAAAAUAGCGCUUUAACAGCGGUAACUAAUUUAUUUAAUCACGUUGAAAUUGUUUACCGUCACGUCAAACGACAUCUUUCCGUUACGAUGGCAGACAAAGCCACAGUAGCGUUCCCAAAUAUAGAGUACAUAAUUGUGUCCUGUCAUUUUUCUUAUUCAUAAAAUACAACAAAAAAUUGCAUAUUUCACACAUGGGAGCAAAUGAUGGUUAAUCAUGAUUAAUUUGUUUAAAAUUUGUAAUCAUUUGACAGCCCUAUUUAUAAUACAUCCCUGCCCUCUUUUAUUUUUUUUUUAAAUUUUGCGCUUCCUAUGACAUGCUUGUGCGCAACAGAGGCUCUACAUCAGAACGGUUGUGUGACGCAAUCCUUUGCAAUUUUUCUUGUUAAAAGGAUGUGAAGCUUUCUGGGGGGACAAGUGUAGGGGUUGACAGGGGCGGGGCCCCAAUGCUCGCGCUCGUCCCCUCCCCUGCGCUUACUUUACUUGACGGCGGGGCGGUGCUGAUCAGUGGCCUGUCUCUGUGGAAAUGUUUGUCAUUGCGACCUUGUGCACUCGGGGGGGCCGACAGGUGCCGCCACCUUUUGACGUGCGCGUCAUCAUCGCCGCUGCUCUCUUUGUUACAUUUGGAGAUGCUGUUUGAGAGGAAAGUAUGUGUUUUUUUAAUAGUGGAUCGCAGGCUGUGAUUAGUUUAGAUAUCAAGGUUGCAUUGGAAGAUACCAAGAGGUCAACUGGUGCGGCCCGAAUACGAAUGGAACAGCAGCUUGUGGUCAUAAGACAGACAGAGCAGUGUUUGGACCUGUUAUGGUGCUAAACCUGAGUGUUGGUGCUUGCUUUGGUCCACUUUUUUUAUCCGGAAGUAGAGAACUGGACGGACGGGGCACUCUGUUUUACGGAAGAGGUGUUUGAGGAGGCGAUGAUGGAGUACUUUUGAAGGUCAAGCAGGGGAGGAAACAGUUAAAAAAAAAAAAACACCUCAAUUUCCCCUUGUAGGUCUAGAAUCUUCCUUAACUGUUUUCUCUUCAACUAAACAAAAUUCAUCCUUUUUGUCUUAUUUCCCGUCUCCCUCCCUAUGCUUCCCACCUGUUUAUUACGAAGUAUUAAAUACAUAAGCUGUAAGAUCCGUAUGGAAUGUGUCACUCUUAUGUUCAAUUUCUCUCUGUCUGUUCUUUGUCCUGUUUUUUCUUACUCCAUUGUACGCGUGGAGCCGAGUGACUGUUGUGUGCUUUGGAGAGCGAAUGAAGGAAAAAAAUAUGAAUCAUAUUUUUCCCAGAUGUUCAUUUUGAAUCUUGUUUGUCGUAUUAUGUCCGAGUAAAGCUUUUAAUACUGUACGCAAA